AAGGGACCUGGAGAGUUAACGUUGGGCGCUGCGCUGCCUCUGAUUGGAUUAAAAGAGGAGGGCUUAGUGAGAGAAAGGGAGCAGCAAACCGCGGUGGUGACGGACAGUUGCCAUUAAGCAGAAACAAUAAGACCCGGAACGCGAAGAGAUUCAGAGUCGUUUUUUUUUGUUUCGAAAAUUGUCAAAAAUCAAUACAAAUAUGACGGUUCAUUUUAGCUCGGAAUUGCAGUAUCGUCGUACGGGGCGGGGUGAUUUUUAAGUUCCGGUACAAAGAAGCAACACGGGUUUGUAAGCUAAUGGGUACCAGGCAGAAUGUAGAACCCGCUGUCUACGUUGAACUUGUAUAAGGGAAAAUGAGAAGUUACAUCGCAUUCUGGUAAGAGUGACGGUUUAAGACAGGAAGGUUGCAAACUGGGGAGAGGCUUGUGUUUGCGGCGCCCCUCUGCCCCCUGUCCGUCAAAACGAUGAGGACGCUAUUUGCUUUAUGUUUUCUUUUCUUUAUAACUGGGGAAGCAGAUCCUACGACGGCGGGCAGGUCCCUGACAGAUAACAACUACACUAACGUGACGGCGGACAGCAGCAGAAGGUAUAUAAGAAUCGGGGACGGGACCUACCAUGAAUUUGAGUUCCCCGAAAACACGAAGGGCGUGAUUGUAAUCUCUAGUCAAUACAAGAGCUCUACGAGUUGGAAGGGCCGCGAAAACUGGAAGCAGACGGUUAACGUACGCUCCCUGGACCCUGAGGUACUUUCCAUCUUGAAUGUUAGUGACAGUGGGCAUGCGGGGCCUGUGAAGAGUUAUGUUAUAAGCAUACGGUCUGGGUUGCCUGGUCGGGCACAGCUGCUCAUCCAGCUCUUGGACUUGGACCAGGAUUCUGUUCCAGUCGUAAUUGAGGAAAGGACAGACUACUCCAUAAGGGUGGCGCCUGGCAGUGACGACCCAGCCACACAGCUCAUGCAGUCGGGCGGACUGUCCCACUUCUCAGAGAACCCGGUCCUGUUUGCCCUGUUGCCACUCAUCUUCAUCAACAAGUGUGCAUUCGGGUGCAAGGUAGAGAUAGAUGUGCUAAAGGGACUCCUGCGAAAGCCUGUGCCCCUCCUUUUGGGGGUUGCAGGGCAGUUCCUGGUCAUGCCGCUGUAUGCCUAUGGCCUGUCCUGGCUAAGCUCCCUGCCCAAAGCUCUCUCUCUAGGCCUGGUCAUCACAUGCUCAGCUCCGGGUGGUGGUGGUGGUUACCUCUACAGCUUGCUACUGGGUGGAGAUGUUACUCUGGCCAUCUCCAUGACCCUGGUGUCCACGGUGGUAGCCGCAGCAGCCAUGCCACUGUCCUCUGCUCUGUACGGCAGGCUGCUGGGCGUCCAUGCUGCCCUUCACGUGCCCUUUGUGAAGAUCCUGGGAACGCUCCUGUUCAUUGCCAUCCCCAUCUCCCUGGGCAUGCUGGUGAAACUACGCCUGCCCAAGUUGACCCGCGUGCUGCUGGCCCUCAUCAGGCCCUUCAGCUUUGUGCUCAUUGUGGGGGGCAUCUUCAUGGCCUACCAAAUGGGAGCGUCCAUCCUGGCUCAUGUGAGACCUCAGAUAGUAGUUGCGGGAGUGACGGUACCCCUGUUCGGGCUGCUGCUGGGGUUCGGGAUGGGGACGCUGGCGGGACUGGCGGUGCCACAGAGAAAGACUGUCAGUAUUGAAAUCGGGGUGCAGAACAGCCUCCUGGCCCUGGCGGUAAUGCAGCUGUCGUUCCGGCGUGUGGAAGCUGACUUUGCGUCCCAAGCACCGUUCAUAGUGGCGCUCAGCAGCACCUCUGAGAUGCUGCUCAUGGUAAUGGGCCAAUUCGCCUACCACAAGCUGUGCGCCCCCGCCACCCAGACUGACACCUGAUAUCGGAGAUGUUUCUUUUGAGCCGAACCAGCGGCGGUCCUACAGACCGGACUGCACAUCUUACAAUCAAUGACAUGGACGCUGUGUACCCGGGACAGUGGAUUGACAUUUUAGUUUUAUUGAAACCAAAGGCCUUUUCCUGCUUACCUUCCUUUUUUGGUUUAUGUCCUUUUUAAAUAAGAUUGUACUAAGAGUUGUUUAUGUAAAUACCAGAAAUACCUAUAAAAGUUAUUUUUCUAUCAGAUUUUUUUGUAAUUUAAAUGAUUGAUUUGUAUCAUGUUUACAAGAGGUCUAUGUGUCUUAGGAAAGGGAAGACUUCUGGGUGGAUGGAAAAUGUAUGGUCUUUUGAAAGGUACUGCUACUGAUUAGUUUUUUUUCUGGAUUCAAAGGUGGUUAUCAAAGUAUUGAUGUAUUUGAUAUAAAGAGGUGACAAAAAAUAAAAUCAUUCAUAAAAGAG